AUGUCUUCCCCCGCAGCAGAGUGCCGCAUCCUCGUCUUCGCCUCCGGCAACGGCUCCAACUUCCAGGCGUUGGUCGACGCCCUGGCCACCGGCAACAUCCCCAACGCGCGCAUCACCCGCCUGAUCGUGAACCGGGGGAAAGCCUACGCGACAACUCGCGCCGAGAAGGCGGGCAUUCCCUGGGAGUACUUCAACCUCAUCUCCAACGGAUUCCAGGCGCGCGGCGAGACGGACCCGGAGAAGCUGCAGGAGGCGCGCAACAAGUACGAUGCCGCGCUGGCCGAGAAGGUGCUCGCGCUGGACGAGAAGACGGAACGCCCCCAUCUGAUUGUCCUGGCGGGCUGGAUGUAUAUCUUUGGCAAGCACUUUUUGGCGCCCAUUGCCGAGAAAGGGAUCAAGGUUAUUAACUUGCAUCCGGCGCUUCCCGGCAAGUACGACGGUACACACGCCAUUGAGAGAGCGUACGCCGAUUUCCAAGCUGGAAAGCUGGAGAACAACAAGACCGGUAUCAUGGUGCACUACGUUAUUGAAGCCGUUGACCAGGGUGCGCCCGUUCUUGUGCGCGAGAUCGAGUGCCAGGAGGGUGAGAGUCUCGAGCAGCUAGAGGAGAGGAUACACUCUCAUGAGCAUUCUCUCAUCGUUGAGGCUACCGCCAAGAUUGCUGGCGAGAUUAUUGCCUUUCAGCAGGCCCAGCAAUGA